CCCCAGCGCUAAAUGGAUUGGUGAUGAAGUGCGUGAGUUUGCUUCAAAGCUACACACGAAAACUUGUAAUACACUUGGGAAGCUGCUGCCCAAUGGCCAUGGCCUUUCAGAUUAUAGCUUCUUCUUGUUCAUCUUCACCAACGAUUACACAAUCUCACCUUCUCUCUUUCCCUCCUCUGCAACCUUCCUGUAAAGCUUCGAGCUUUAAGCUCUCCUCAUGGGCUUCUCUCCUGGGUUCUUCUUCUCGUUUCUCUCCCUACAUUGGCUUAAAGCAUAUGGGCAUCUCCAUCUCCCCGAAAUCUUCAAACCCAGAGAAGAAGAGAAGAUGUAGUAAGGGUUUAGUGAUUCGUGCGUCUUUGUUUGGCGUUGGAGCACCUGAGGCUUUGGUUAUUGGUGUUGUCGCUUUGUUAGUCUUUGGUCCUAAAGGCCUUGCAGAGGUAGCUAGAACUCUUGGGAAAACACUGCGUACAUUUCAGCCCACCAUUAGAGAGCUACAGGAUGUUUCAAGAGAUUUCAAAAGCACCCUUGAGCGUGAAAUUGGACUCGAUGAAAUCUCAACGCCAGAUGUGUACAACCAGAACAGAAUGAACACUGCUCGCUCUCCUCCACCAUCUGUUAGAAACAUUGAAGAUCCUUUGACUGCAAGUGAGCCCAAUGAUGCUCAAUCACAAAAAGCUUACACAACCGAGGAUUACCUCAAGAUCACUGAAGAGCAGCUCAAAGCUUCGUCUCUUGGUAAAAGCCAAACAGAGGGUCAAACUCAGACUCAAGAACGUGCUGUACAAAGCCAACCUGAAGUUACAUUGAGAGAGACCAUGGCUGCAUCUCCUCCAAGGCAAGAUUGAAAGGCACCAAAAAUAUUGACUCGUAGUGUUAAAACCAUAAAAGGCCCACUUGGUAAAUUUAACUCGGUAGUGUAUUUGUGUUCUAUUCGUUUCCUACUUGAUGAAAUGAUUUUAGAACGUUAAUAUUAUAUCAAUGUUUCAUUUGCUUUGAUUCCAA